CUAACUUCGCGUAUUCUGUGACUUUAAAGUUCAAAUGACUCAAUACAAUCUUUAUAAUUAUCAAUAUAAUCUUACUUUAAGUGAAAUUUUCUGAAAUAUGGAGUGUAGAAAUGUCAAUCACAAGUGUUAUGUGUUUGUAAUUUGAUAAAAGAUACAAGAAUACAUUUUUUAUCUCUGCUGUUUAGCACUUAAGUUGUGCACCUUCAGCAUUUCAAGUUUGGAAUAUACUUCGACAUAAUUAGAAACUUUAUAUAUUAUAAUUAAAUAUCUUUUAUCCUUAUACAAAAAUGUCAACGAGUACUAACGACAUGAAUAGUUCUCCAUCAAAAACGAAAAAACCUGCUGAUAGUGCUUUUAAACAGCAACGAUUACCAGCAUGGCAGCCAAUUCUUACUGCAGGAACAGUAUUGCCGACUUUCUUCGUAAUAGGCAUUGCUUUUAUUCCCGUUGGAAUUGGAUUAUUGUACUUUUCAGAUGAAGUUAGAGAACAUACAACUGAUUACACGAAUUGCAAAUCAAAUAAUACAUUGCGAGAUUUUGGUGAAACUUGUACCAAUGUAAUACAAAAAGAUCCAAAACUAGCAUGCUUUUGUGAGAUAGACAUUGAAUUACCAACAGAUUUUUUCGGCAAUGUUUACAUGUAUUAUGGUCUCACGAAUUUCUAUCAAAAUCAUCGUCGAUAUGUGAAAUCACGUGAUGAUAAUCAAUUACUUGGCGUAGUAAGCAAAGAAGUUUCAACUGAUUGCAUUCCAUUUGCUUAUGAAGGAUCAAAUGAAUUACCAAUUGUUCCUUGUGGUGCAAUUGCCAAUUCUCUCUUUAGUGAUGAACUCUCGUUACUUCGUAAAAAAGACAGUGAGAUUGUACCAUUAUUGAGAACUGGAAUUGCAUGGCCAUCAGAUAAAAGAAUUAAAUUUCGAAAUCCCGAGGGUAAUCUCUCAGAAAUUUUUAAAAAUAAUCCUAAGCCAAAAAAUUGGACUAAAACAAUUUAUGAACUUGAUCUUGAAAAUGAUGAUAACAAUGGUUUUCAAAAUGAAGAUCUCAUUGUUUGGAUGAGAACUGCAGCAUUGCCGACUUUUAGAAAACUCUAUCGUCGUAUUGAUCAUUCUAAAGCUGGAUUCAGAGAUGGAUUAGUUGAAGGAAAUUACACUUUAAUUGUCAAAUAUUCAUUUUCGGUAUACAGUUUUGAGGGGAGGAAAAGAAUGAUUUUGAGUACUACUUCAUUGUUAGGAGGAAAAAAUCCCUUCCUUGGAAUCGCUUACAUAGUUGUUGGUUGUAUUUGUUUAGUUAUGGGUUUGGCGCUGCUUAUCAUUCACAUUAAAUGUUCAAAGAGCAAACUAAUCUAAAGAAGGGCAGAGGAAGUAUGAUUAUAAAUCUAUCUAAUUUUUUCUCUCCAACGAUUUGAUCAACGUGAAUAUAAACACGCCCUAUCAUUGAGAUCACAAUCAUCAAAAAGACUUUAAUUAGUUUUACAAAGUGCAAAAAAAAAUUCAACACAUUUAAGUUAAUAAACUUGAAUUAUAUUUCAAGUUAUUUUUAUUUUAUUAUUAGAAGUAAAAAAUAAAGUUGUAAUUUUAGUUUUAAAUAUAAAUUAAGUAUAAACAUUCAAAUCCAGGAAUAUUAUUAUUAAAUUUAUUUCGAGAUAUUUAAUAUCUUUGAAAAAAAAAUAACUGGAUUCGAAUGUCACCUAAGCGCCUUUCUAAGAUUAGGAGUCUAGGUGUGUUUUUAGUUCAAAUCUGAAAAAAUGUCAACGUUUCUACAACUGCACAAAUAGUAUUACUAAAGCACUCGGUAAUAAAAAUAGUCAUAUUUA